AUGUCGGACUUCGGGAAUCCGCUGAAGAAGUUCAAGCUCGUCUUUCUCGGGGAGCAGAGCGGUUAGUCAAUAUUUUGAACAUUUUAGUCACGACGCCCGUCUGAAACGUUAAUUUGAGCCCGGUCUUGAAUAGUCUUCAAAUAUUAUUUCACAAUAAUCGAUUUGCAGUUGGAAAAACAUCGCUUAUCACUCGCUUCAUGUACGACUCGUUCGAUAACACGUAUGCGGCAACGAUUGGUAUCGACUUCUUGAGUAAGACGAUGUACUUGGAGGACAGAACCGUGCGUUGAAGCAAUUUUCUGAAUGAUCGGGUAAAUUGCGUGUUCAGGUCCGUCUCCAACUCUGGGAUACCGCUGGACAGGAACGCUUCCGUUCUCUCAUUCCGUCCUACAUCCGUGACUCGACGGUGGCUGUCGUCGUCUACGAUAUCACUAGUGAGUAAGCUUUCUGUAAUACAGAUCGUUUUGACACAUUUUCAGACUCCAACUCAUUCCACCAGACUUCCAAGUGGAUCGACGACGUAAGAACCGAGCGUGGAAGCGAUGUGAUCAUCAUGCUGGUUGGAAACAAGACCGAUCUCUCCGACAAGAGGUUUGUCUCGCCCUUCCAAACGGAACCGGGUUAAUUGAGGAUUUUGCAGACAAGUUACCACCGACGAGGGUGAGAGAAAGGCCAAGGAGCUGAAUGUGAUGUUCAUCGAGACGUCCGCAAAGGCCGGAUACAACGUCAAGCAACUGUUCCGUCGCAUCGCUGGAGCACUGCCCGGAAUCAUCAAGGACGAUCCGGUGGAGCCACGUAAGCACUGACAUCAGUCGGGUUGCACAAUGAGUUCAAUUUUCAGAAAAUGUCGUCACUAUGGACCCGAUUCGUCAGCGGCAGAUUGUGACCGACGAGGGAUCGUGCUGGUGCUAA